CUCCGGAGCGUUCGACUGUAGCAUUAAAUCAACCUACAUGCAUAGAUCACAGAGUCCGUUACAAGAGACCGUGUCACACACACACACACACACACACUCGGCAAGUUUAUUUUUCUGUGACGGCUCUUCUGGAGCGGUAAAGCCAAAGCGGUCGUUACGGUGUGGUGCAUCUGGAGAUCGAGCGCUAACGAAGGCCGACGUUACUGCAAUCACUUUCGAGAAACUCAAGGAAGCAGUGGGUGCAGCGCGAACGCCAGCGACCGGCGUGGAGUGGACGUAAAGCUUGCUUGUGCUUGCUUCGCCGCGUCCGGACUGGCUGGCAUCUUACUCGGCUACCAGCAGCUUGGAUUGCGUGCGUGCAGUAAGUAUCCGGGGCAGCGACAGAUUCCGUGGGACACCGGAGGUAGAUACAGGAGGUGGGCAAAGGAAUCGAUUUCCGAGCCUUACCUUUCGGGGUGCAUCGCCAGAGCAGGGGGCCAUGGCAUCAGACGCGCACGGACGGCGAUCAAAAUAGAACGCAGGGAGGGUUCGGAAGAUGGAUGUUGCGAUGUGGGUGGUCGUCCGGUCGAUCAAUCAUCGUGUCUCGUACAUAACAUAACACACAGCCUGUGAACAUCGCGUUCCCGUGACCAAGUAUACAGUGUGUACUGUGUCUGUAAGUGGCUGACACGGGCGAUCGGAGAUGUCUUGCAGGCUGGAGCGGCUCGCGGCCCAUCAAGGCUCGGGCUGCGCUCGCUCGAGCCCGAUUAUGCAGAUCUCCAGCGGUUGAUAAGCUCCGGCCAGGGACGUCAGAUCCCGGCUGACGUGAGGUGAUAAUAGGCGAUAAUUCACCUGCAACUGGGCCAUGAACACGACUGCACCGGCUUCAGCCUACCUCCAUCGCAGCGCACAACAACUGCUACGGAAUAUCAGGCUGAUGCUACAGUGCAGCAGCAUCUAUGCUCCAUGUGCUUUUUUCGAGAGAAGUGGAUGCACAGGAGGAAGAGGCCGGAAUCGGCUGUUACGUCAUCAUUGAUUACAUACUGAGCCGCCAAUCCGGGCCCGGCAACAAAGAAGACCGAGCCGUAACCGAGGCUUUAGCUUUCAGCGGGAGCACAGAUGAACCGCACAAUCGCGGUGACCUAUAAAAACCAGAGGAGUCGGGUAUGACGUUUCCGACUGCUACUGCUUUUUCUUUCACGCCCGCCCACGCUUACGACCCCGACCCCGACCCCGACCCCCCAUGGCGAGCGGAUCCGUGACGCACACACCGCGCUCCUCCGUGACGGCCAUCGAGCCCCCGGCCAAGGCGCUGUCGCCGCUCGACGAGGAGCUCGAGCGCGACGAGCGCGAAAUCCACGAGUACGGCGGGGACGACCCGCACCCGCCGCCCGCGAAGCCGCACGCCGGCGAGCCGUAUGUCGCCACGCCGCCCCCCGUGCGCGAUCCGCAGGCCGUGACCUGGGAUGGCCCGGACGACCCGGCGAACCCGAUGAACUGGAGCGUGCGGCGGAAGUGGUUCAUGACUGCGGUCUGUGUGUUUGCGACGGUCUGCGUAACAUUCGCAUCGUCCGCACCCAGUUCUGCGUUACUCGUUCUGGAGCGCGAUUUCCAUACGUCCGCGGAGGUGUCGUACUUGACAACGACGACGUUUUUGCUCGGCUAUGUCUUCGGGCCGCUCGUCUGGGGCCCCGGCAGCGAGCUCUUCGGCCGCAAGAGGACACUCGCCGUCGCGAUGGUCGUCUUCACGCUGUUCCAUCUCGGCCAGGCGCUCGCACACAACCUGCAGACGUUCUUCGUCACGCGCUUCCUCGCGGGCUUCUUUGGCUGUGCGCCGCUCGUCAGCUCCGGCGGCGUGCUGGCCGACAUCUGGUCCGCGGAGACGCGCGGGGUCGCCACGAGCAUAUUCUCUGCCAGUGUGUUCAUCGGACCCGUCAUGGGCCCGAUCGUAGCCGGAUAUAUCGUUGAAAGCGGCGUGAGCUGGCGCUGGAUCUUCUGGGUCGGCAUGAUCUUCUCGGGCACCUGCACGGCCUUGCUGCUCGUCGCGCUGCGUGAGACGUACGUCCCCGUGCUGAUGUUCAACAAAGUCAAGGCGCUGCGCAAGGCCGACCCGGAGGGCUCCGCGCACCUCUACGCCGAGAUCGAGAAGCAGGACUGGACCCCGUGGGCGGUCGUCCAGCGCACGCUCUUCCGCCCGUUCACCAUGCUGGCGGGCGAGCCGAUCCUCGUGUUGGUCACGCUCUACCUGUCGCUCGUCUACGGUGUGAUGUACUGCCGUAAGUCUGUUCGAGGCGUUCCCCAUCAUCUUCGUCGUCCGCCGCCACUUCACGAUCGGCCAGGACGGGCUGAUGUUCAUCGGGAUCGGAAUCGGCACGUCGCUCGGCGCCGUGGUCAACUACCUCUGCUGCCGGCACUAUCCGCGCCUGAUCAAGGAGUGGCGCGGAUUCCCCCGGCCGAGGAACGUCUCCUGGGCGCGAUGAUCGGCAGCCCUGCGUUUGUCGUCGGCGCGUUCUGGCUCGGAUGGACCGGGCAGUACGCCUCGGUCCCGUGGUACGUCCCGGAGCUGGGCGCGAUCGUCCUGGGCAUGGGCAUCUCGCUCAUCUUCAUGAGUUUCCUGAGCUACCUCGUCGACACGUACCUGAUGUAUGCGGCGUCUGCGUUCGCGGCCAACACCUUCAUGCGCUCGCUCGUCGCGGCCGUGUUCCCGCUGUUCACCGUGCAGAUGUUCAACAGACUGGGUGUCCACUGGGCGUCGACGCUGCUCGGCGGGGUCGGCCUGCUGCUGAUGCCGUCGCCGUUCCUGUUCUACAAGUACGGCGCGCGCAUCCGCGAAAAGUCCAAGUUCGCGCCGUGCCUGGACCUGAAGAUCGCCCGCGCCAUGAGGGAGGAGGAGGCUGCCGCGAAGGGGGAGAAAUCCACCGUCUGAUCGAUUCUCAUCGCUGGGACAGAACGCCGGCAACUAAUAUCAUUUUACACACCUCAUAUAUCCCUAGUCGUAGCAUAUAGCCCUCACCCGUUAGACAUACCUAGACACACGCCACGCCACUGUAGCAUUAUGCGGACAUAGGCCGGAGUCAAAGACGCUCCCCCCCCACCAUCAUCAUCAUCGUCGAAUCUAUUCCGUCUCGUCUGGACAACAACACUUCAGAAUGAGCUACUCAGCCCGGGCGACGUCCCCGGCCGCUUCGGCGUGCGUUCCAGCCAGUUCGCCACAGCUUUGCUCCCGUCGCUCGUCGCCGGCCGCUUGGGCCCCGCCACCGCCAGCGCGCCUUUCAGCGGGCUCGGCCCCGGCGUCGGCGGCCGCACGGGCCACGCCGGCGAGACGAUCCCGACGACGACGGCCGGCGGCGGCGGAUCCGACACGCUGGGCCCCGGCGUCGGCGGCCAGUGCGGGUCCGUCUCCUCCGACACGAGCAGGCUCGGCGUCGACGCGGACAGGCGCAGCCGCCGCGGCGCGUGGGUGCGCGCACCGCGGGACAGCGAGCUACUGCGCCGCGACGGCGUGCGCGUAACACCCGCCGGCGCUGCCACCGCUGCGACGCUCGGCGAGGGUGUGGCCGGCGCGUGCGGGCCGGACGUGACGGUGGCCGUCGAGGAGGAUCCGGAGAACGUCGAGUCCAUGCGGAGCCGCAGGUUGUCCGUGUCGACCGCGCCCAUGAUGGUCGACACGAGCUGCGUGAACUCCUCGGGGAGCGGAUGCGAGAGCGGAUCGACGAAUAGGCUUUCCUGGCGCGGCGGAGGCCAGAUGCCCUCUUCCCGGAAGACCGAGCCGGAGUUCGAGGCCCGCGCCGGGAAGAGGAAGGACGGGUUCAGCAAAGGGACGUGGUACCCGCCCCGGCGUCGCGAGGGGGAGACGGGGCGCUCGGGUGCAGGAGGAGGAUUGGUUCGCGUGUGCAGGUUGGUAGACGUCGAGUCUUCCCUUUUCAGGUCGAAGGAUGACGGGUUCCCCCCGCCACCCUCCUUGUUGAGGAUCGACACCACGGCUUCCCCGUCGGGCUCCCUCUGCUGCGCCUGCUCCCUGCUCUCGGCCGACGGGCGGGUCCGACAGCAGAUCUUGAUGAUGAUGUACACAAACAGAACCGCCACGAUCGAGGCGAGCACGGACGCGAGCACGAUGACGACUACAGCCGGGAUGUGAUUGAGCGCCAGGCCACGGGUGGUGAGCUAAGAAAAGCGCUGUCAUUCGUUUGCGGAGUCUCGGGAGCGCAAGGAAAGCGACGCUACAUGUGAGGGCGGCAUGGAGAGACAGAAGGAGAGUCUGGGGGCGCAGCAGAUGAGGAGGAUGUCAUGCAGAAGAAGAAGAAGAAGAGCGGCGGACGACUCACGCGCGUGUUGUGCUGUGCUGUGCUGGCUCGUCCCUCGGUUCGAGCAGGUCUUAUCACCCGUCUCGUGCCCCAUCUAUAUACGCAUCCGCAAUUAAUCCAACCCAGAAUCCCAGGCCCGUCUGCGCCGCGAAGGGCGCUGGAGAGGAAAUGAUGAUGGAUCUUCGCAGCGCAUCUCGGAUAUAUAGCGACCCGCUGCGAGCAUGCACCAGACUCUAUCAGCGGCGUGUGACGACACGGGCGGCGGAAGACAGGGCCAGAUGCGUAAUCGAGCAUUCCCAUCCCGGGCCGCUAGUGCAGAAGCGCCUGCGCCUCGAAGGGGUGCUCUCAGGGUCCCGCCUCUCCCUCGACCCGAAGUUAAUCGUCGAUUGAUCGCUGUGAGGCAAGACUGAAGGCUAGGCUUGAAGCAUCCGCUAAGCACAGACGAAGCCCGCGAGAAGGAUGAUCCUGGCUCGAGAGGCCUUGGUUGCUGGCUCAUUAGUGAGAAUGGGGAGUAAUUGCAGUGGAUCACGUUCUAGACCCCCUCUUGCAUGUCCCUAACGCGUGAGCCAAAGCCAGUUAGGUGGCAGAUUGCAGUCGUGGUACAGAUCUGAGUCAGAGAGUUGACAGGCUGAUAUAAGACGCUCCCACGAUGUCUGUUUCUAACCUGCGAACAACUCUGCGGAACUCGGUAAUGA